AUGGAGGCGAUCGAAGAAUUGGCAAACCUUUCGGAAUCUAUGAGGCAAGCAUCUGCUUUGCUUGCCGAUGAAGACGUUGAUGAAACGACGUCGUCUUCGUCGUCGUCUUCUAGACGCUCAUCCACUUUCCUCAAUGUCGUAGCUCUCGGCAAUGUCGGUGCGGGUAAAUCUGCUGCUCUGAACAGUUUAAUCGGACAUCCUGUUUUGCCAACCGGUGAAAAUGGCGCUACUCGGGCUCCAAUAAGCAUCGAUUUAAGUAGGGAUAGUUCCGUAAGCAGUGCUCUUCGGCAUUCUCUACAGGAAAGGCUAAGCAAGGGUUCCUCAGGCAGGGCUCGUGAUGAAAUAUAUCUGAAACUUCGUACCAGUACAGCUCCACCAUUGAAAUUGAUUGACUUGCCUGGGGUGGAUCAAAGAAUCGUAGAUGACUCAAUGAUCAGUGAUUAUGUUCAGCACAAUGAUGCUAUUCUGCUAGUUGUAAUACCUGCUAUUCAGGCACCAGAAAUUUCUUCUUCUAGAGCCCUCAGAAUCGCAAAGGAAUAUGAUGCAGAGAGUACCAGAACAGUUGGCAUUAUUAGUAAAAUUGAUCAAGCAGCUACAGAGUCCAAAGCUCUUGCAGCGGUUCAAGCUCUUCUUUUGAAUCAGGGACCGCCAAAAACAUCUGAUAUUCCAUGGGUUGCAUUGAUUGGUCAAUCUGUUUCCAUAGCUUCAGCGCAAUCAGGAAGUGCUUCAUCCGAGAACUCUUUGGAAACUGCUUGGAGAGCUGAAAGUGAAAGUCUAAAAUCCAUAUUGACUGGAGCCCCUCCAAGCAAGCUUGGGAGAGUUGCUCUGGUGGAUGCUCUUGCUGGUCAGAUCCGUAGUCGCAUGAAACUCAGGCUUCCCAAUCUCCUUUCUGGGCUUCAGGGGAAAUCUCAAAUAGUUCAGGAUGAAUUGGUGAGGCUUGGGGAGCAAAUGGUUAGUACUUCUGAAGGUACAAGAGCUUUAGCUUUGGAGCUCUGCCGUGAGUUUGAGGACAAAUUUCUUAUGCAUCUCAUGGGUGGUGAAGUAAGUAGCCUGAUGGAUGUUGUCCCUAAACCUUCAGGGCUCAUAUUCAAAGAAUUUGAACCUGUGUGGCAAUUGAAUGGUAAUGGUUGGAAAGUUGUUGCGAGUUUUGAGGGUAAUUUUCCAAACAGGAUCAAGCAGCUACCUUUAGAUAGGCAUUUUGACAUAAACAAUGUCAAAAGGAUUGUCCUAGAAGCAGAUGGUUACCAACCUUAUCUUAUAUCUCCAGAGAAGGGGUUAAGGUCCUUAAUAAAAAUUGUACUAGAGCUGGCAAAGGAACCCUCAAAGCUAUGUGUUGAUGAGGUACAUCGUGUAUUAGUUGAUAUAGUAUCUUCUUCUGCAAAUGCUACUCCUGGUCUUGGAAGGUAUCCUCCUUUCAAGAGAGAGGUUGUUGCAAUUGCAAGCUCUGCACUUGAUGGGUUUAAAAAUGAAGCUAAGAAAAUGGUAGUUGCCCUAGUUGAUAUGGAGCGUGCAUUUGUUCCACCUCAACACUUCAUCCGAUUGGUUCAGAGGCGAAUGGAUAGGCAGCGCCGUGAGGACGAGCUAAAGAACAAAUCUUCAAAAAAGGCAGUUGAUGCAGAGCAGUCUAUUUUAAACAGGGCAACCAGCCCCCAAACAGGUGGUCAACAAUCUGGAGGAAGCUUGAAAUCAAUGAAAGAGAAAUCCAAUAUGCAAGACAAAGACGCACAAGACGGACCUGCCUUGAAAACUGCUGGGCCUGGGGGCGAGAUAACCGCAGGGUUUUUGUUGAAGAAAAGUGGAAAAACUAAUGGCUGGAGUAGGCGUUGGUUUGUAUUGAACGAAAAAAGUGGCAAGCUUGGUUACACAAAAAAGCAAGAAGAAAGACACUUCCGUGGUGUUAUUACUUUGGAGGAAUGCAUUAUUGAAGAAGUUUCUGAAGAAGAAGAAACCUCUUCAAAGAGUUCCAAGGAUAAAAAGGCAAAUGGACCAAGUUCUGAGAAGGGAGCUAGUCUUGUGUUCAAAAUAACUAGUAGGGUUCCAUAUAAGACUGUCUUGAAAGCUCAUAGUGCUGUUUUAUUAAAAGCUGAGAGCAUGGCUGAUAAGGUUGAGUGGCUAAACAAGUUGAGAAAUGUCGUCCAGUCUAAAGGAGGCCAAGUGGUUGGUGAAUCUGGUCCUCCCAUGCGUCAGAGCAUGUCUGAUGGUUCCCUAGAUACAAUGGCUAGAAGACCUGCUGACCCUGAAGAAGAGCUCCGCUGGAUGUCACAAGAAGUACGGGGCUACGUUGAAGCUGUUCUUAACAGCCUUGGUGCCAAUGUCCCAAAAGCAGUUGUUCUUUGCCAAGUAGAGAAAGCCAAAGAAGACAUGCUUAAUCAAUUAUAUAGUUCUAUUAGUUCGCAAAGCACGGCAAGGAUUGAGGAGCUGCUCCAGGAGGACCAGAAUGUAAAGAGGAGAAGGGAACGGUAUCAGAAACAGUCCUCUCUUCUUUCAAAACUCACUAGGCAACUUAGCAUCCACGAUAAUCGAGCAGCUGCUGCUUCCAGCUGGUCUGAUGGUGGUGGGGGUGUAGCAGCAGAAAGCCCAAGAACAAACGGUCCCUCAUCAGGAGAAGACUGGAGGAAUGCAUUUGAUGCUGCAGCCAACGGACCGGUUGACAAUUUUGGUGGCUCAUCUAGGUCUCACAGUCGACGAAACAGUGAUCCAGCUCAGAAUGGUGAUGUACACUCUAACAGCAGCCGUCGGACGCCUACUCGGAUGCCACCUGCACCACCACCAUCUGGGACACUAGUGUUUCACACAAAUAACAUUGCUGUGGCCUUACCUAGUGAUGUUAGUCUUCCUGUAUCAUCAAGAGCUUCCAGGGCAUAG